CGGGAACUUCCAAUGCAAGCCGGCCCUUUCCUCGGCGCUCGCAGUUCAGAGACCACUCGCCCCACAGGGCUCCCGCGGCCGCGAGCGCGCCCGCGCGCCGAUGGCUGCUCCGGCCGCGCCCGCGACGGCGCUGGCGGCUCCGGCGGAGGCGUCGUCGUCGAGUUUCGAGCGCGGGGGCUGGAGCUUCGAGGCGCGCCGGUGCCCCAUCUGGAGCUCCGACCGCGCGGAUCAGCUCGCCAGGGAGUUGCAGCUCUGCAAGGUGCCGGACAUGUUCUGCGGCGACGCGGCGCUGUCGAUGCGCCACGGGGCGUCGGGCACUUCUAGGGGCUGCGCGCGUGCGACGCGCUGCUGUGCUGCGGCUGGGGCACCCCUGGCGGCGCGCCGUCGGCGCUGGCGCCGGAGGGGCCGCCCGGCGAGCCGCUGCUCGGCCGGGUGCAGUGCGAGGUGGAAGCCCCGCUCCGACAUCCCAGACGUGGUGGAGCUGGAGGCCACGAGCGACUGGACGUGCAGCACGCCUUACUGGGGCGGCGUCGUCCGCGGCGGCGGCCCUGCGGAGGAGCCGACCGGCGGCGAGGCGGACGGCGAGGCCGAGGAGCUGCCGUGGGAGCUGUUGCGAAGGCAGGACGAGAUCCACUGGUACGACGAGGUGCUCUUCUGGGAGGACGAGCUCUCGGACUUCGGCCUCUGCCGGUCGAGCGUGCGGGUCCGCGUGAUGCCCACUUUCUGGUUCGCGCUGCUGCUGUGCGAGCUGAGGGUGGACAACGUCCUGCUGCGGGAGGUGGCCACACGUUUCUAUUGCAGCCUGGACGCCGACCACAUGCUGCGCGAGUGGACCUGGCGCGAGGCGAGCUACGAGGCCCUGCGGCGGCGCGGCGUGGCGCCCGAGGCCAGCCCGCACGUCUCGCAGUGCAGCUCGGGCACGGCCCUCCUUGGCCCGGAGGACGUGCGGAGGCAGCUGCGGCAGAGAAUACCCCUCUGGACCGCGGGCGCUGAUCGCUGCGGGCAGCCCGCGGCGGCCUCUCGCGGUGAGGGCGAGGCAGGCGCUGGGCGCGCUGACCUCGGCGCUUGAGAAAACC